AAAGUGGUACAGUCCCGUUAGACGCAGCGGAGUCCGGUUUGCAGCAGCCGCAGUCUGCGCACCGCGACAUGACUAACAUGCGGAAUAACUGCACUUUCCUCUGAAAACGGACUAUAGAAUGAACUUCCACCGGCUGCUUGUUUUACUGGGAGCUUCGGUGUGUGUGUGCAAUGGCGUGCACGUCACAGUGCGGGAGAAGCAGCGGUUUGCGAUGCUCUUCCAGUCCGUCGUCCUGCCGUGCCAGUACCAGACGGGCUCCACCCAGACGCCGGUGGUGCAGUGGUGGUACAAGUCGUACUGCAGGGACCGCACCAGGGAGUCCUUCACCCUGCCCGAGACCCUGGGCUACAAGGCCUCCGAGCUGGGAGCUACGUCCCACCUGGAGUGCUCCGACAGCAGCCGCACGGUUCGGAUCGUGGCGUCGGCGCAGGGACAGUCCAUGACUCUGGCCGAGCACUACAAAGGCAGAGACAUCGCCAUCGUAAACAAAGCAGACCUGCGUAUCGGGGAGCUGCAGUGGGGCGACAGUGGAGUCUACUUCUGUAAAGUUGUCAUUGCAGACGAUCUGGAGGGGAAGAAUGAGGCCCAGCUGGAGCUACUGGUGCUCGGCCGGACAGGUGAGCGGGACGAUCUACUACCUGAGUUUGAUGUGGAGAUUAUGCCAGAAUGGGCGUUUGUGGGAUCUGUAGUCCUGGGCAGCAUCUUGUUGCUGCUGUUGUUGGGGAUCUGCUGGUGCCAGUGUUGUCCUCACUCCUGCUGCUGCUACGUUCGCUGCUGCUGCUGUCCGGACACAUGCUGCUGUCCACGACACUUGUAUGAGGCGGGGAAGAUGGCGAAGAGUGCACAGCCGGCUCAGGUUCCGGUGUAUCCCUACUACAUUCCUGGUGUUCCGACUGUGGUUCCUCUUGCUCCUUCAUCCCACCUGGACCCAAAGAUCUCCUCGAUCCCCUCCGUGGAGAAUAACCUGGCUGGAGUGCGCAGUGGUUAUCGGCUGAAAGCCAGUCCAGACCAGGACUCAAUGAAAGUUCUGUACUUCAUAGAGAAGGAGCUGGCUCAGUUUCCAUCCCACAAGAUGGCUGCACUCAAACCCAGCAGCUUAUCAGAGCUGAGCUCUCUUCAUGACGGAGGGAACACAGAUUUCAGACACACCUACCAGACGGUCCAGAUGAAGGCGCUGCCGCCCAUCGCCGACCUGGACGACCAGCUGAGAGCAGCUGCACCUGCUCAGAGCAGAAGACUCCGACGAGACCAAGGAAACCCGUCAGACGAUGAGCUGGACCGCAGGUGGAACCCUCGCUCAGAGCACCUGCGGAGAAAGACGUUGAGCCGAAGAGGGCGAACCGGCUCCCUGGACGAGCUGGAGGAGUUUGCUCGCUCUUACGGCUCUCGGGGUCGUCGGGCCGAGCCUCCGGGCCGGCCCUAUGAGCGGGACUACAGCCCUCCCAGGCGUUUGUACCGGGACGAGGACGACGGCUGGGGUCGCCGCAGCCCCUCACCGUUGCCUCAGAAGAGAAGGGACACGUGGGACAGCGAUCGGCCUUCUGGACCGCCUCAGAGCAGAGGCUACGACGAUGCCUUCCUCAGCAGCGUCCUGGAUAGCAAGGCGAGGGGCCGGGGCGGCGCUGGGAGGCUGGACGAGGACAGCGACACUCCCUCUAAGGGCAGCUCCAGGGGAAAGGACAGCUACUACAGCCGGUCGCCCAGCAACCGUCCAGAAGACGAGGACCCUCUACCUCCGUACUCUGAGCGGGAGGCCGAGCGGUACCGCAGGAACGACUUGACCGUGGACCGGUACCGCACCGCAGAUCCUCCCCGAUCAGACAGAUACCGGAGCAGUGAAGCAGCCUCCAGGCCCUUCUCCUACACCCGGCCCCACCUGGGGACGUCCCAGACACUGCCGGGGCCCCGAGAGGACAGAGACAGGAGCCGAAACCUGAGCACUGCACUGAGCAGAGACACUCUCAUAGUGUGACAAUACUUCCAGCCCUCAGCACCGCCAGUCCGCUCACUAAAACCGUCCUGCAGCUACGCAGGAGAAGCUAACAGUUCCUCCAUCAGAAUCAUGAAGCCUGGCUCAUCCCACUGAAAUAACGCCACCGACAAACAGCUGUAGCGGACUGAAAAUGAACGUGCACAGAGCAGCAUGAGCAGUCAUUUCUGACAGUUUCUGCAUUUUAUUCAUGCAUGAACUAUAUUUGUGUAUUUGUACAUGUAUACUUUACAGACUGUUGUGUGUUGCGGGUGCUCUAGUUGUUGAAUUUGUUGAGUUGUGUGACUGGUCUCUCACCUGUGCCAAGAUGCUUUUUUUAAUUAGUAUUAUUAUUACUAUUUGCCAAGCUCAGAAUAGUUUGUGUAUCACUCAGCUGCCUCCAGUCUGCAUAUCCUCCCUCAGUACUCUGCAACUCAGGAUCACGUUGUGUGUUUUUUUGCAUCUGUCUGUUGUUCAUUGUGUACUGUAUAAAAAUGCUGCACCUUGAAUCUGUUCUGCAGACUGUAAUUGCACUGCUUAAUUACUUUUUGAAUAAAGAAAACUCGACUGAA